AUGAGAACUGGCGUUAAAUGUUCGACGUCAUCACAUUCUGAACCACCACAUCGUUAUCAUAAUUUACUAUAUAUUCCAUGUGGAUCUGGAUAUAGUGCAUCGUCAGGUACAUCGGCAUCAUCAUCAACAAAUCUUACCCCUGUUGAAUAUAUAAUAUAUCCUAUUGGUUUACGUAAGGGUCAAGUUCGUAAAUUAGAGGAUGAGUAUCAAAAAUUUAUUCAUAUUUAUCAAGAAAUAAUAAUACGUUUGGAAAAAUUAGAAACAUUAUUAUCCGAUGCUGAACGUAUUGUUGAUUUUACUCGAAUAUCGCAAGUUCAAGAUGAAUUACGAAGUGUUCGAACUCAACUUGAUGAUUUACUUAAUCUUGGUCAAGAACUUGUAUCAAAAAGUGAAAAAUAUAGCAAACUUGUUGCACCUGAUAUUGAAAAUAUUACACGAAAAUUUGAAGAUUUACAACGUCGUAUACGUACUAUUCAGGAAUCACAGGAAAAACGUUCAAAAGAACAACAUCAUUAUCAGCAACAACAACAACAACAACAACAACAACAAUUUACAACAACAUCAACAACAGCAAAUACUAUUCAAGAUGAUCAUCGUGAUGAUACGCGUCGUGAAUAUUAUUCCGAAAGAAAAUAUAAUCGUGUACAACGUGAAUCACGUCAUCGAUCACCAUCGGAAUCGUCGGAUAUAAGUACAGCACAUGGUGUUAUUGAUGAAGAAUUUAAAAAGAAAUAUUUACGUUGUUUGGCUUAUAUGAAAUUAAUUGAACGUUUAUAUGAAAAUCAACAAGAAAGUGAUGAAGAUUCGGAAACAAUGCAUCGAAGAUUAUCUAGACGAGAUCGAACAUUUCGUGAUCGUCCAGAAUAUGAAGAAAUUGAAAAAAUUAUACGUGAAACAGAAGAACGUGCUUAUGUUAUUGAAAAAACGGAUGUUGAUCAAGCUAAUCGUAUAAGAGAAAAAAUUCGUCGAUUAAGAGAUUGUUUGGAAAAUCUUAAAUAUCGUUCCACUCAAUAUCAAAACAAUAAUGAUGAACAAAUUACUCGAUAUAAUGAACGAUAUGAAGAACAUGUUAAAACAACAGAUAGAACAGUACCAAAAGAACGGGAAUUCGAUUCCGAUUUUAUUUAUGAUAUUGAUGAUACACGUUCAGUUAUAAGUGAACCAGCACCACAAUUUAAUGCAAAAUAUCGUAAAACAAUUCAUUCACUUGAACGUUAUAAAACUGAUGAACAAUCUCGUUGUGUUCCAACAGUUGAAGAAUAUCAUUUACAACCAUUAUUACGUGUACGAAGUUUAAAAGCUAUUGAUCAUCGUACAUUAAGUGCACCAUCAUCACCUGUUUUACCACCACGUUAUCGUUCUCAUGAACGUGCAAAUGUUCAAUAUAAAAAACAAUCAAUGAAUCAACAAGGAUAUCAAGAUAAUUAUCAAAGUUCAAUAUCAAAAUCAGCUAGUUUACCCAAUGGUGGUUUUCCUGUACAAGUACCAAUAGUACCAGCUCAUAUUCCUCAACAACCAGUAAUGUAUCGUGAACGAGUUAUUGAUCGACAUGUAGCUGAACGAAGUACAUCACGUGCUGAUUCUCAUCGACAACAACAACAACAAGAAAGUGCUAGUAUGCAAGCACGUUCAUCGACUAUAAGUGGACAAAGCCAAACACUUAAUCGAGCAAUACCUAUUCGUUAUGAAGCAUCAAAUGUUGUUGUUAAUGGUAGUAGUGGCGGUGGUGGUGGGGGUAGUCAUAGUGCAUCAUCUAGUUAUCGACAAACAAAUGGUCAUAGACAGGAACAAUAUCCACCAUAUUUUUAUAAUGAACAAUAUCCAGGAGCGGGUGGUGCUGGUGGUAGUUAUCGUCAACAAGCUUAUGCAACUCAACAUAUUGGACCACAUCCUACACGAAUUGUUAAUUAA